AUGAGCAAGAAGGAAAGACUUUUGAAGAAGUAUCUUGAGAAGAAGCAGAGACAGAGAAGCAGAGACGAGUUGUAUGAGGAAAUAGCAAAGCUCAAAAGACCGAGAGCAGCUGAUGAUGCAUGCAAACCAAACAAAAAAAGACGAGCAGAAGUUGUUGGUGCUGGCAAUCAGAGUAUUGAAUGCAGGACAUAUGCUGAGGAAGAUAGCAUAAGUAUUGAUAUUAAUGAAGAUGUUGGAGAAGUGCAAUCUCAAUGUGAUGAAAUGAUUGGUAAUACAAGGGAAGAAGAUACAAACAGUAGCGAUGAUUUAGAUAAGAAGGAUCAGGAUGUAUAUGAAAAGUAUGAAGAUGCUGUGGACAUUAUAAUACCCGAAUAUUGCUUGCUUGAGAAUGAAUUAAACAGUAAACAGAAUAAUGAGAAGUUAAAUUUAUGCAUGGAUAAUUGCCGUCAAGUAGAUGAUGAGAAGUUACAGUUAUCAAUUGACAAUUAUGAUAAAGUAGAUGACGAACAAACAGAUAAGGCUAAGCACUUAAUACCAAAAGAGUAUGAAACAAGAGUGUUUGCACAAAGAAAGUCAGAGAUUGAAGAGAACAGAAAGAAACUUCCGAUAUAUUACGAGAAGGCAGAGAUCAUCCAUGCCGUUCGAAGUUCGUCAAUUGUGUUUGUACAAGGAGUAACAGGCUGUGGAAAGACAACACAGAUUCCUCAGUUUCUUUAUGAAGGAGGAUUUGCAAUUCAUGGCAUUAUAGGAAUUACACAGCCAAGAAGAGUGUCAGCAACGUCUAUAUGCAGUAGAAUCAACGAGGAGAUCAAUGAGGAUCUCUGUGGAUAUAAGAUACGAUAUGAAUCGACUGUUACAUCAGACACACGCAUUAAAGUGAUGACAGAUGGAGUACUGAUGAAGGAGAUACAGGAGGAUUUUAUGCUGCAAAAAUACUCAGUGAUAAUUAUUGACGAAAUACAUGAACGAAGCAUCAAUAUUGAUAUGUUGCUUGCGAUUCUUCCCAGAGUUGUGAAGAUGAGGAAGCGAAUGGGAAAUGAACUGAAGCUUGUACUGAUGAGUGCCACAGGGGAUGUUGAUGAGUUCAAGAGAAUAUUUGGAGAGAUGACUGUUCUGAGAUGUCCUGAGCAGAGUUUCCAAGUAAAUACUUUCUACGAAGAAAAGACUGAUGAAGACUACUUGAGUAUGGCUUAUGAAAGAGUAAAAAGAAUUGUGGGGUGUGGAAGUACAUCAAGAAGAAAGAAAAAUGGAGUAGGUAGAGGAGAUGUGAUUGGAUCCAAUGUACAGAAUGACAAGGAUGCAGCUAUUCUUGUAUUUCUUACAUGCAAGCAAGAUAUAUAUGACUUAAAGAAUAGGCUUGAAUGUUCUGGAAUGGACAUAACUGUGCUUCCAUUGCAUUCUUCGCUAUCGAAGGAUGAGCAGAGCUUGGUUUUUGGGAAGACCGAGUACAGAAAGGUUAUUUUAGCAACAAAUAUUGCAGAAACAAGCAUUACAAUUGCGGAUGUUGUUUUUGUAGUGGACUCUGGAAGGGUGAAGAAUAAGGUGAUGGAUUUUGAGGGAUUCGCAAGGUAUUCAAUAGACUUCAUAACAAAGUCAAGUGCUGCACAGAGAAUGGGGAGAGCAGGACGUACAGGACCUGGAGUGUGCUAUAGGCUAUAUAGUGGAGAAACAUAUGAAAAGUUCUAUGAGUUUAGUGUACCACAGAUACUAAGGUCUCCUCUUGAUGAUGUUGUGCUGUUUAUUCUAUCGCUGGGGAUCCGGAAUGUAAAUGAAUUCCCAUUUGUAUCAAGACCCAGCAUAAAGUGUAUAGACGAGGCAAUCAUGCAUCUAAAGAGCUUAGGUGCAGUGGACAGUUCAUCAAGACUCACAGGCAUGGGAAAGACAAUGUCUAGAUAUCCAGUUGAGUCGAGAUUGGCAAGACUACUUUGUGUGAAUGGAUGCGAAGACGUACUUGUUGAGCUUGCCUGUAUAGUGAGUCUGAUUUCAUCUGGAAUCGAUAUUCGAAGAGCCAAGGAGAGUCAAAUGUAUUUUGAAAGCAGUAAAAGUGAUUUCAUGGUGCAACUGGCUAUUCUGAAUGACUUUCUCAAGAGCAAAGCUAGAAAAUCAUUCUGUCAGCGUCUUGGAUUGAACUACACUUCAAUGAUUGAGGUAAUGAAAAUGAGCAAACGUAUACUGGCAAUGAAAGGACACUCGAGCAAUCUGUGCAUCAACAUCUUACCUGAUAAGUGCUCUAGGAUUUGCAACAUCAUAUACCGUGCAUUUGCAGAUCGACUUGCUGUUCCAUCACUUGACUCGUACUUCUUCCGUGGUGAAGAGGUAUUUAUAUCUAAGGACAGUGUUUUAGCAGAGCCUAACUGUUAUGUUGUUUUUGAAAGUCUUUUAUACAGCGGUGGCAAGCAGUAUAUGAGGAACAUCACAGUCUUGGAUCACGAGUGGUUGUAG